GCAAUGGGAAAAAUUCAAAAGGAGGGAAAAUGGGAAGACGUAGCGAUUUCUGUUCACGAUCGAGGCCUUGUCAGAACGAGGGCUCGUGUUCUCAAAUAUCGUCGGAGCCCGGAUUCAAAUGUCGCUGCGAGGGAACCGGAUUCUUCGGCACUUACUGCGAGAUACCCUGUCCGAAGACGAACAAUCCACACUUCCAAGGACAGUUCCCAUACGAGUGCAUCGUGAUCUAAUAAUCUCGGGUACUUCUUCAUCUCUCUCGUCUGAUUGAAUUCGUUCUUUUUUUUUUAAUAUGAUACAUACGUACAAAAAGGAAAGAAACGCAUUUUCACAAAACAUAUUUACACACAUCUUUGUACAUACAUAAUAAAUGUUAAAACCAGACGGCACACCA